AUGGCGGACGAGAAGCUCGCCAGGCUGCGCGAGGCCGUCACCGGCCUCGGCCAGAUCAGCGACAAGGAGAAGUCCGGGUUCAUCAGCCUCGUCUCCCGCUACCUCAGCGGCAACGAGGAGCAGAUCGAGUGGGGCAAGAUCCACACGCCGACCGACGAGGUGGUGGUGCCAUACGACACCCUAGCGGCCCCGCCGGAAGACCUCGCGGCGACCAAGGCGCUGCUCGACAAGCUCGCGGUGCUUAAGCUCAAUGGCGGCCUGGGGACCACCAUGGGGUGCACAGGCCCAAAGUCGGUCAUCGAGGUGCGGAACGGGUUCACCUUCCUCGACCUCAUCGUGGUCCAGAUCGAGUCCCUGAACAAGAAGUACGGCAGCAACGUGCCGCUGCUCCUGAUGAACUCCUUCAACACCCACGACGACACCUUGAAGAUUGUCGAGAAAUACGCCAACUCAAACAUCCAAAUCCAUACGUUCAACCAGAGCCAGUACCCUCGUGUCGUCGCCGACGAGUUCUUGCCGUGGCCUUCCAAGGGGAAGACUGACAAGGAUGGCUGGUACCCUCCUGGCCAUGGUGACAUCUUCCCAUCCCUGAUGAACAGCGGCAAGCUCGAUUUACUACUCUCGCAGGGAAAAGAAUAUGUUUUCAUCGCAAACUCAGAUAACUUGGGCGCUAUAGUUGACAUGAAGAUACUGAACCACUUGAUCCACAAGCAGAAUGAAUACUGCAUGGAGGUUACCCCGAAAACUUUGGCCGAUGUGAAAGGUGGCACACUGAUCUCAUAUGAAGGAAGGGUUCAGCUUCUGGAGAUUGCACAGGUUCCUGAUGCACAUGUCAAUGAGUUCAAGUCAAUUGAGAAAUUCAAGAUCUUCAACACCAACAAUCUAUGGGUGAGCUUGAAGGCUAUCAAACGCCUUGUCGAGGCUGAUGCACUCAAGAUGGAGAUCAUUCCAAACCCGAAGGAAGUUGAGGGCGUGAAAGUCCUUCAGUUGGAAACGGCAGCUGGUGCCGCGAUCAGGUUCUUUGACCAUGCAAUCGGCAUGAAUGUUCCAAGGUCCCGGUUCCUACCGGUGAAGGCAACAUCAGACUUGCAGCUAGUACAGUCUGAUCUGUAUACCUUGGUUGAUGGCUUUGUUACACGUAAUGCCGCUAGAACAAACCCAUCAAAUCCCUCAAUUGAACUUGGCCCUGAGUUCAAGAAGGUUGGGUGCUUCCUCGGCCGCUUCAAGUCGAUUCCUAGCAUUGUUGAGCUAGAGAGCUUGAAGGUUUCCGGUGAUGUUUGGUUUGGUUCUGGCAUCGUGCUGAAGGGCAAGGUGACCAUCACAGCAAAACCUGGUGUUAAGCUGGAAAUCCCAGAUGGAAAAGUGAUUGAGAACAAGGAUAUCAACGGCCCUGAGGACCUUUAA